UAUGAUUUAUCUGCAGUAGGUGGCGGUAUGAACUUUAACUAGGCGGUUAUUUCAAACCACCAGAGAAGAAGACGACGCUGAGCUAAAUGUUUGCUUUUCAAUGAUUUGGUUUGGAUUCGGAUUUAACGCGUUUGGUCAAAUAUAUUCUUAUGCUAGUUCCGGGAAGGAAUCCACAAGUGACGAAGAUGUCGAAGUGAAAGUGAUCGCUCCCGUAAGGCUUAGUUCCUGCUGCCCCGAUGGAGAGAAACGCCUACAGCUUGUUGGAGCGAGCUGGAGCCGAACUGCUUUUCUGCAGUGUGCAGGUGACAGCAGUGUAUGUCUGUCCGGCUUUUGGUCAGACCCACCCUCUCGCAAAGCGCACAGCUGUUUUCCACAAAGCUAUGGCUGUUGGGAUGCGCAGGUCAGUGAACGUUACCUGACCCUUGCAUUCAAAGACCGAACAGAAUGCUGGAGCUUGGACGAAAUUGAUAGUAUGCCCGUCUGGAGGAUGAAACACGCGCCUGAGAAUACAGAACUCUCUGACAGACUUCCUCUGGUCCCAGGAGGUUACGUUGUUUCAGCCCCUCCUUUCAUGCAUGUUCUGUCUCCACAUUUGUGUGGGGUCAGUCUGGCUCUGGGUAUGGAACACGCAGUCCUGCUAAGUGCUUCUGGUACUGUGUACACCUGGGGCUCUAGCAGUCACGGGCAGCUGGGGCAUGGUGAACUUGGUCGAGAGGUUGAGCCUCGGGUGGUGGAGGGACUGUGGGGCAUGACCAUGAAGGGCGUGGCAGCUGGGGGCUGGCAUUCUGUCUGCAUCAGUGGUGAGGGAGAUUUGUACACUUGGGGCUGGAAUGAAAGUGGUCAGCUUGGCCUACCAUCCCACACGAUAGGAAGAGGGACACUGCAGGGAGGCACUGCUGCAGGAACUGAAUCAGACAGAAAGGAGGUGUUCAUAUCAAUCCAGGCAUUCCCUGCUCUGCUGGACCUGCCAGAGGAGGCUGAAGUAACCCGGGUCAGCUGCGGCUCUCGCCACACUGCAGCACUCACCGGUGCUGGUGAUCUCUUUACAUGGGGUUGGGGUGAGUACGGGCAGCUGGGCCAUAAGACGACCCAAACAUUAGACCAGCCUACCCGGGUGGAUUUCUUUGCAGACAGGAGCCUGCGUGUGGUAGAUGUGGUUUGUGGGCCCUGGAACACAUUUGUGUGCACAGAGGAAAAAGACUCCACCCCCCAGAUCCCACCCUGAUGGCUCCCAUCUGUCCACUUCCCUUUUUGCCAAGACAUUUUUAUUACAUUGCAGGGGAAGUGAGGAUGAAUUAAAAUGUUUCUUUUCUGAAUCCA